AUGUUGGUUGAAACUAAAAUUAUCGUUCAACAAGUUUCACAACAGUCUUUGAACUUCAAUAAAGAAUUUCCAUCAGUUGCCUUUGAAAGUUUUCUUAAGAAUGAUUUCCGAUUGCGGAAGAAGCCGGUUGAGAUUCCAUACAAUGUUGACAUGACGAGAAAAACAAAACUGGAAAGUUUCCAUCGUAUUAAACAUCAUUGCAAUUACAUAAAUGUGAAGCCAUGA